UCAGCCUUCCCUUCUACAAGUUGGACACAUCACUCUUUUUUGGCGCUUCAAAGUGAAUGCAUUUGAGUAUUUCAUGGCACUGAAUUUGGCUGUAACGACAUCAGCGUAUCGUUUCCUGCCACAUAUAAAAAUAUUUUUUUUCCUGUUGUUGUUGUCAUGUUUCCCUUGUGCAUUGCAUUGGCUUUGCCAUCGAUGCGGCGCAAUACCUCAUUGCCUUUAUUGUUUGUGAGUUUUGCGGUUUGCCAAUGCUUGUUUCCUUCCGGCUUAACGCUUUGGUUGGCCUUGGCUGCCUGCCAUUGUUUUUUUUUUUUUUUGUUGUGCAUUUUUAUGUGUACGUACGUUGUUGUCAGUUUACGCAUGAAUUAACUUUGGUAAUGUGGCGUAAAGCUGUGGUUGGAACAGCAGUCGGGGAGCAGUUAGAGAAUGGGCAGCGAAAGCAAAAAGAGGAGUGUCAAAAGCGACGCAAUUGCCACCCACUGGGAGUUGAAUGCUAAAAAUAAUUUAACUUUUUUUUCAAGCAGAAUUGGAGUAUAACAAAAAAAUAAUAAAUUAAAAUAAAAAUGGUGUGACUAAAAAAAUAUGAAUACAUAAAUGUGACAAAAUUACUUGUAACAAAAAAGUGCGAAGCAAAAAUAAAAUUGAGGUGAAAAGUGCACCAAACGUUAAUUCCAUAUCAACAAAAAGAAAAAGAAAAAAAAAACGUGAAAUCGCCGCAGGUGUCCUUCGCUCAACCGCAUAAUCGACACACAUAAAUUCAUUCAAAAUGAUUAACAAUAAUUUGGAUUAUGAACGUAAUAGCAAUAUUGCGCCAGCGGGUGUUGCUGACAGCACAGCAACAGCGCGCGCCUCGCCGCCAGCCACUAUUUCGCCAACAACUGCGAACCGCAACAAUCAGAAUAGCAACACCAACACCAACACCAACAACAGCAAUCAGCACACCAGCAUCGACAAUGGCAGCUACUUUAAUCGUUUCGACAAUCGCAUUGCCGCCAAUUUGGCUGCUGUGCUGACGGGUGCACGCUUCCGUUCGUCGUCCACAUCGUCCACGUCGUCGUCACCCGCGAAGACACUGCAGCGAGCAAAGAAUGCGAAUAAUCUCGCCAACACGCCGAAUUCAAGUACAAAUAUGAAUACUGUUGGCAAAGCUAUUGGUAAUCACUACAAUGGUGUCUCCACAUUGGGUGGUGUUCGAAAACCACCCACAUAUCUGCCGCUGCGCCACGGUGUCGUCGGUGAUUCGCCGCGACCCUCAUCGCCCAUGCUGAAUGGCUCAGUGGGGCGCAAUCGACGACCAAUGCAUUUAUUCACGCAGGCGAAUUUAAACUGCAAUGAUAACGAGAAAGCCGUGCAACAUACACCACCCAGUUCGGACGAGGAUAACUCACCCACAGAGCUGAAUAAUUGCAAGCGUUUGGCCGACAAACCGCCGCUG